GCCAGGUGUUCCGACAUGGCUGAUAGUGAAUUUGAAGAAUUUCGCCGUGUUUUCGACAAGUUACCACAACACAUAAAAGCACCAACACCGUUUUACUCGUUAGUGCCAAAUGUUGGUCUGGAGGACGAUUCUCCGUCAUCGAAGAGCGAUGGCACUCCAGAUGAAGAGGCUGGGGAAGUGGAACCGGCGGUUGCAGCGCUUCCUGAAGUAUCUCCAGGGCCAACGGAUAAUCCGGAGACAAAUGCUUUUGAUGAAAUUCAAGUCCACCAAACGUUCGGGACUGGGGAAAGACGGCGCAGGAAACUCCCGGAAAUCCCGAAAACUAGGAAAUCGACAAUAAUAACAGCCGGUCAACCUGCAUCGUUGGCAGACGAGUUAGGAGCACUAACAGGUGUUAUCGUAAGACCUGGAUGUCAGGGACGCCCUCUGCUGGUGCUGAAGUGUGGAUAUCUUCUGGACGAAGACUCGAGUCCUGAUUCGGAGAGGUUACAGAGCCUCGGAGAUGUGGACAGCGGACAUAGUACGGCACACUCUCCUAUCGACACUGGGCCUAAGAGCUUAUCGCCGACACCACUACAGCAAAAUGUAUCACCAUCAUCAAGUUGCAGUAUCAGUGGCAUCAACUUCGCUGGCAAUAUGACGACAGUGCCUCACAGCCAAUUGGAGAUGCUAGAAGCUACACACAGAGGCUUACACAAGUUCAACCCGAGGCAUCACGAUGAAAUAGAAGUAGAAAUCGGUGACCCUAUUUACGUGCAAAAAGAAGCUGAUGAUUUAUGGUGUGAAGGUGUAAACUUACGGACAGGUCAACAAGGCAUAUUUCCAUCGGCCUAUGCUGUUGAUAUGGACUAUAAUGAUUUCGAUCCCGCAAAUGCCAAAGUGAAAAGAGAACGAUACUUAUUAGGGUAUAUGGGCUCAGUUGAAACCCUAGCACAUAAAGGUACAGGAGUAGUUUGUCAAGCAGUAAAGAAAAUUGUUGGAGAGUGUAGCGGAGAACCUGGGACUCAACCCUGUAUUUUAGAAGUAUCAGAUCAGGGUCUUCGCAUGGUUGAUCGAUCUAAACCAAACAGAACUCGUAGCAGCCCUUGCAUUGAUUACUUUUAUUCAUUGAAGAACGUGUCAUUUUGUGCGUUUCACCCACGCGAUCACCGAUAUUUGGGAUUCAUCACCAAACAUCCAACUCUACAGAGAUUUGCUUGUCAUGUAUUCAGAGGUCAAGAGUCUACUAGGCCAGUGGCCGAAGCUGUUGGGAGAGCAUUCCAGAGGUUCUAUCAGAAAUUUAUUGAAACUGCAUACCCCAUCGAGGACAUCUAUAUAGAGUAAAGUUUAUCUUAAAAUACUUAUAUCAAUGGACGGUGAAAAGACAACCAACCAAGCGAUACAGCUAACUUCACAGGAAAAAGCAUAAUUUUUAUUUAUUAACAUAACUAUUAUGAGUAUGUAUUGUGGCUCGACUCCAAGAUCUAUCAGUGAAUUGUGACUUAUUACAUAUUUUGGAGACAGAUUGACGCGUUUUUCUGAUUAAGUAUGCUAUAAAUACACUUUAUUGAGCUUGGCUCUAAUCAUUUCACAUGGUUAAUUGCCACUUUGCCGUCAUAAAUAAUAAUUUUAUGCUUUCAUAUUCUAAAAAUUUUCACAGACUCUUAGCGCAAAAAAGUAUAUUAUUAUACAGUAAAUAAUUACAAAAAUUCUUGCAUAUUUUGAAAAUAAUAUGAUUGAAUUAUGUAAAAUAAUUAACUUUUUCAACUUUGCUUAUUUACUAUUUCAACUUUGACAUGAAAAACAUACAUUACUUAGAUUUUGUAUAAUAUGAUAUUUUUUGUUCCUUUCAAGGACCUCCAUAAAGGAUAUGACGCUAAGUGGAUGUGAAAUCAUGAAUCAAGUUUUGGAAGAGUCCGCAGGAAAUUAAAUUACAAAUAUAUAUAGAACACUCUAUUUAGCUGUACUCUUCCUAUCACGAAGGUAUAAUUAAUUAUGUAUAUAAAUUACUUAUAUAUGGCGCCUCAAAAUAUUCACACACUGUAUUUUGUUCUGUCGUAGACAGAUAAGUCAUAACAUAAUCAAUAAGUCAAAAGACCGGUAUUAUAUAUAAUAUUGGCGUGCCGUUAUAAUUCAAAUUCCGUUAACUUUCAAGGGAUCUGACACAUCCUAUUUUCACAUCACACAAUAAACUUGCAUGUACGAAUAGGUUACGCGACUAUUCGAAGAUUCCUGAACUGAUUUCGAUAAUUCUGUUUUUGUUUUAUAAGAUAUACUCCUCAUAAUAUGGUCAUUGACAUAAUGUCAUUAUUAGAUAAUAAUAGAAUCCUGAAAAAUUCGAGGGGAUCUUUCAAAAAUAGUAGAGACGACUAGUGCGUUUGUUAAUUAUUUCAUUUCUGAAGUUAGAACAGAAACACAGAUGAGGGAAUUCUUCGAUGGUUCAUACAUGCAAUUUUCUUUUACUUACCUUAUAGUAGUAGGAGUACCUGGUAUCGCUUUCAUCUGUGAGAAAAUAAGAUAUGUCAGAUCGCUCUGAGAUGCUGGUCUAUUGUUGCUUUGAAGUUUAAAGUCAUCACAUACUAGAGCAUUGUGUAAAUGUGUUGAGAUGCCAGCUUCAAAUAAUAUGUUAUACCAGACGCCCGCGAAUAUGGUCGCAAAUAAUUAUUUUAUUCCAGCCCAUGUAAAUGGCACGUCAAUUCUCCUUCUACGAUCGCAAACGCUCCGAAAACUAGAAUGUAUGUAUGUAUGUAUAUAUGACAAAUCUUGAUCAUGUAACCUUUCGAUAGCAAAUGUCAUUCACAUACAUUUUUCUAGUGUUUCAAGCGUUUGCGAUCGUAGAAAGAUAAUCGACGAGCCACUUGGCUACAGGGGCAGUAGUUUUACUAGAUGUACUAGAUACAUACUUACCUGCUAAAAAUGAUAAGUAUAUUUUGGAUUUUCUCAAAAAAAUAUCUCAUAUUCAAUUCAGCUUUGAAUGUAAUUUUAUGGAAAUAAUACACAAAUCUUUACUAAUAUUAUAAAUGAAAACAUGCCUACAUGUUUGUUUGUAACUUUUCCACGCCUUGACUAACAGAACAAUAAGCAAACUUCAUUGUUCUGUGCCUUAACAAACCUAACAAUCACUAAUAAAUGUUGUAUAAACGUUGUCAAAGAUGUAGACAAGUCAUCUGUGACUUAUAGAUAUUAUCUUAUAUCCAAAAAAAAAAUCUGUUCCGGAAUCUUGAAAAAAUAACUUUUAGACAUAGUCAUCGGCUGUAUAAUAGGGUAGUUGACUCAUAUUAAAUUGAAUAUGAACAAUAUUAAUUUCAUAUAGUACAUGGCAUGUAAAUGUGGUCCUAAAUAUAUCGAUAUUAAUCAAUAUAAAUUGAGGAUUUUUUAUUAAACUUAACUUGAAAAUCAUCUAUUUAAAAAAAUCCAAACGUCAAAUACGCUGUCGUCCAUUUUGUGACGUCACGAUGUUACUAGAUAUCACUAGAGGAAUAAACGUCAAACUAAGGCAUGACCACUUUUUUGCUUUUUCCAGUCUUGUUAUUACACGGUUUAGUGUUUACGUGACGUCAUGACACAGACAAAAUGUAGACCAUAAAGGCUGAUAACGUUUUAGCUGGUAUUUUUUUUUUGUAUUCAUGUCUUUAAAAAUGUGAUUUUUUUUUCAAUUUAUGAACAUUUAAAGACCAAUUUUUAAAAAAUGUCAACUAGCCUAUUGAUACAUAAAUCACUGACACGAUUGAACCCGUGUGCAAAAUCUUAGCUAUUACAGCAAUGUGAAUUUGUGUACAAUUUUAGUUAAUUCACACACAAUUAUCCGCCCACUUUAAUAUGACGCGAGUAUAUCAAAAUGGGCGAAUAAUUGUGCCUCUGAGUAUAUUAUAUCUGAAUUAUUUUUACCUGGCAUGUCAACACACAUACAAACGUGUCAUAUUCGGUCACUUUUUAUAAUGAUCGUAGAUACUAUAUCAUUGAUCUGUCGUCUCCCAUCUGCCUACUGAAUAAAUGAUCAAACGAACGA